AAAAAAAAAAAAAACUGAAGUAGCGCAAGGCUUGUGAGGAAACGACAGAGACACAGAAGACUAAACCCAGUCUGAACCCUAUUGUCCCCGCGAAGAAGAGAGUGUUGGAAAAUGGUGGUGAGGAUUCGGCUUUCCCGGUUCGGGUGUAAGAACAAACCCUUCUAUCGAGUCAUGGCUGCUGAUAGCAGAUCCCCCAGAGAUGGCAAGCACCUCGAAGUUCUCGGUUACUACAAUCCCUUACCAGGUCAAGACGCUGGCAAGAGAAUGGGUCUCAACUUCGAAAGAGUCAAGUAUUGGCUUUCUGUUGGAGCUCAGCCUUCGGAACCGGUGGAGCGGCUUCUAUUCCGAGCUGGGGUACUGCCACCGCCACCGAUGGUGGCAAUGGGGCGGAAAGGUGGACCACGCGAUACUCGGCCUGUUGAUGCUCUAACUGGACGUGUCCUGAAUCAAGAUAAACCAGCUAAUGCUAAUAACAAUGGGCUUCAACAUGACACUCCUGAAAACUCCUAGAGUCUCUUUUUAGGAUAUUUUUUGUCCCUUUUUCGUUGAUGGUUUUAUUGGAGAUAUAUUUAUAGUAUCUAUUUUCCUGAUUAACUUUACUGAUCAACUGAAUAAAAUAAGAGCACGUUUAGAUUCAUGUCAUUUUUAGUUGGACGUGGAUUAGUGGAAGCAACAAUUAGUUGCUUUUGUACCAAUUUUGAUGUGAUUCUUAUUCAAACGUGGAUCUUGGAUGUGGAACCAAACAUGCACCAAGUACUGUUUUCUUGGGGGAUUUGA